CAGCCUCAGGGGCGCGCCACGUGGCGCUGCCUUGAGUCGUGAGAUGGAGCGUGAGAUCGCACGGUCAUCCGGGUAUUUUAGGGGGUAAAAGAGGAGCGGAGGGGCCCUCGAAACCCUCUACCCUCAACAACCCAACCCGUCAGUUAGUAGUGGCAGCUGCGACAGCUCCACGAGCAGUCGUGGUAGUAAUCCUGUAGAGCGGUGCAUUUGAAGUGCGGGACGGAGAGCGGAAGCCCUUUGUAUUUUUUUCGAGCUGCGUCGAUCUCGGGCGCCAUGGAGGGAGAACGGGAGGAGACGGGAGGGGCGGGACCGAACCCUAACCCUAGCUCCAGCGGGGCGGGCUCGCGGGGGCAAUGCAGAUCGGGGGGGAUGGUGGAGGUGGAGCUCGACGCGGCGCGGGCGCUCGCCGAUAUGGCGGCGAUCGGGGAACGGUCGGGGGAGAAGCGGACGAGGAAGCGCGCCGAGAACGAGUCGUCCGGGCCCGACUCGGUUCAGGCGAAGAGCUCUCAUGAGCCCUCCUCCGGAUCAGAGCAUUCGUAUUUGGUUCGCGAUCACCGUGAGGGUAAAAGGAUUCAGGCGGAAGCGGAGAAAGAACCAAAGAACCUGCAACUAAGUGUAGAAUUGAGUAAACUAGGCAUCCACUGCUCUGCUAGCCAAACUCCACUCUUUGGCAGUAGAGGGAAGCAAAAUUUGACCGAGGCUGAGAAAGAAGCAAAGAGACUACGCAGGGUGUUAGCUAAUAGGGAGUCAGCUAGGCAGACAAUUCGUCGGAGACAGGCCCUGCGCGAGGAGCUAACAAGAAAAGUUGCAGAUUUGUCAUUAGAGAAUCAGAAUAUGAAGAUGAAGAAAGAAAUUGCCACGGAAGAGUAUCUUGCAUUGAAGGACACAAACAAAAGGCUGAAGGCUCAGGAAACCAAGUGGGACGCCGUGGCGAAAACAGAGCCUGCACCCCAACCGGUUCAAACAACAGUUGCAUCACCAACCAAGCGUUCCGCAGCACUACAUAGCACACAGCCAUUGGUGCCUUAUAUUUGGCGAUCCUUGCCUGCUCGUGGUGCAUGCUAUGAGCAAGGUAAUCCAAGCGUCAGUGGACCGGGUCCGCCGUUCUCCCUGCCCCCGUGUGCAUGGUUUUAUCCUCUUGUCCAUGAAGUGCCUCAGCCCUCAGCGUUAUACUCUCAUGCCUCUAGAGAUCAAUAUGUAUCGUCUAGCAGUGCACAGCAUAGUUUUAAAGAAAACAGACCUUCGCCUGCUGUAGAGGAAGAGGAAGAAGAAGAGGAAGUUCCCUGCUCACUAACUCUAGCCAUUGAUGAAGGAAAAAAGGCUACUAUAUAUGAUAUUCAACGUAAAUCCGUGUCGGACCAGCAUGUGAAGAAUGUACAGAGAGAAACGGAAGGAGGUCGUUCUUACUCUCAUGAGGAAUCUGCAAAUGCAGCGGUGGUGGCAGCAGCAGCAGAGGCCAGAAAGAGGAGGAAGGAGCUCACCAAAUUGAAACAGAUGCACGGAAGACAGUUUGGGUUUCAAUAGUGGGGUAUGAGAUUAAGAAGACAAGGGGAUGACUAGUGCUGUUCUGACUCUCAAGUAUUUGACUCAACUGAAGAUAUAGGAACUUGUGAGAAUCUGCACCUGUCAAUGAAGUGCUGCUGGGUUUUGCUGAACUGUGUUUGUGUAAACUUAGUCCCAAAUGCUUAAAUUUGUGGAAAGCCUGUGAUUGAAAACAGUCUUCAUCAUACAUCCUUGUUUAGAAAUGAGAUCAUUUUGGUAAGCAAGCAAUUUAACUAAUUGUACAGUUUUGAUUGUUUGUAAUUAUCUGUUGAUUUGUGUCAGUGGCUGGAGAGUAUUGACUUUGUGCACUGAGAUCACCACUUGCAAGUGUCAAGUGUCAUAGACUUCAAUAUCUCAUGGUUUAAGGUGA